UGUAGACCCCGGACCUUAUCCCUUAAGCUUAAAGUCGACCUCCCUCCCCUUCCUCUGCCCUCUCUUCUCCCUUCAUCCCUCACAGUCAAGCCACCCUCUCCCAUCCAUCACAGCUCGCCAAGACACUUCUUGCAGCUCCCGGCGAGGCACAAGCAGUCAAGCACAGCCAUCCCGUCUUGGCAUCCUCUUCACCAAAGCUUGGCAAGACCUCUAAUACGACACUGCACAACACCCAAAAAUAACGACACCAACAUCAUCAAAAAAAACAUCAUGGGCAUCUUUGGAAAACGUCGCGAGGCGGCACCCGCUGGCGCUGCUGCUACCGGCCAUGCCAACGGUCACCAUAACGGCGUCUCUAGCAAGCGUCGUGGCGCUGAGCCUUACUCCAUGUCUACCCGUCCCAGCUUCGGGCAAUGGCUCAAGGGCACCCUCAUCGACAUUAUCACCAUGAUCUGCAUGGGCGCCAUCGGUCUCGGAAUUUACAUGGCACCUCCCGCCCCGAACCGUUCCUUCGCCGUCACAUUCGCCGAUGGUGAAGUCGUCUACCCCCAAUUCGCUUACCCCAUGCGCAACGAAGUCGUCCCCAUUUGGCUUGCUGCCUUCCUGGCCUCCGUCAUCCCCAUCUGCAUCAUCCUUCUCAUGCAAAUCCGCAUCCGCUCCUUCUGGGAUGUCAACAACGCCGUCAUCGGCCUCCUCUACUCCCUCAUCUGCGCCGCCGUCUUCCAGGUCUUCAUCAAGUUCCUGAUCGGCGGUCUGCGCCCUCACUUCCUUGAGGCUUGCCAGCCCGACCUGUCCCGUGUCACUAGCAGCCAGGGUGGCAUCGCCCGUACUGGCUACAGCGCCGCUGGAUUCCAGAGCUUGUACGUCACCAAGGAGGUUUGCACCGGUGACAUGAAGGAGAUCAACGAUUCUCUUGAGAGUUUCCCCAGUGGACACACCACUGCUGCCUUCGCCGGCUUCGGAUACCUCUACUUGUACCUUAACGCCAAGUUCAAGGUCUUCUCCGACUACCACCCUGCCAUGUGGAAGCUGAUCAUCACCUACAUCCCCAUCCUCGGUGCCGUCCUCAUCGGUGGCGCCCUCACAAUUGACGAGUUCCACAACUGGUACGACAUCUUCGCCGGUGCCGCCAUCGGUAUCACUUUCGCCUUCUCCUCCUACCGCAUGACCUACGCUGCCAUUUGGGACUUCCGAUUCAACCAUAUCCCCCUGAACCGCGGCCAGGCCCUCAACUAUGGUGCCGAGGCUGAGUUGUACGAUGCUGUCUUCACUCGCAAGGCCGGCUGGGGCAAGCGUGGCGGCGGUGGUAUCCUGCACCGCGAGAAGCACCACGGCCACGGCCACAGUGCUUCCACUGGCGCCGGUGUGAACGACUAUGGCGAGCCCGUUGGAUCCCGCAAGCCCGUCGGCUCUGGGUCUCGCCACCCCGAUGCGAUGGUUUAA